AACAACACACUGGUGACGAAAUCUAGCAACUGCCGUCGUGGUGACCGGUAAGCAUCCAGUGCGCGGUUGCUUGGAUGAGUAAGUGACGACGACGAAGGUAGCACACAUUGUUGUCGUGUGUCUCGGGCGGCAGGGCAAGAGAUUUGGCGGUUGCUGACAACCGGCGGUUGGGGAAGCAAAAGGAGUGCACCAUCUUCGCUAUUAUAUUGUAAAAACGAUCGAGAGAUCAACCAAGCGAACAAAUCUCGAGAAGCCGAGCGUGUGCCACCAGUACCACCACUGUCUCCUUGUGUUUGCUGAUAAGACCGGCACACACCACACAUCGGCGGCGGAAUAAUCGGGUGGGUAAAUAUAGGCUUUUUUCCCCCCACGGCGGAGCCACUACCACCGUCAACUACUACGCGGGGAGGAGGUGCGUGCGUGCGUGCGGAGACACAGGGGUGCAAUCGACCGGUGAGCAUUGUAAGAGUGCCGAUCCCCGGCGGCAGUAUCUCGCCGAGAGGAUCCGCGCAAUAAUAUAGUCCGAACUCGUACUGGUCCGCGAUGCCAUUACAAUACCAGACCGGGCAAGGAUAGCAACGACGCAGACGGGAGACCAGAGACCAGAGAGCUUCAUACCGGAUCGGCAGAUUCCAGAGCAAGGGAACAAACGAUCGUCGUGAAAUCCUUGGUGUUUCACACAAUCGAGAAGUGUUUCGGACACACCGUGGGGCCACGAAGAGGAGGUUCAGUGUGUGUGCUCUGUGCCAUUGUUUGCCGUGAGAGUGCGUGUGGAGGUUUUGUGAGAUUAGAACCAUACGGUCAAUCACCGAUACCCGCGAGUGCAGCAUCGUCCAAGAGUUUGCCAAAGAUCUUGGAGGAUCGUCUCUUUGAGCGGUGGUGAAAUCUUUUCACCGUUAGUGUGUGUGUGUGUGUGUGUGUGUGUGCGUGUGUGUCUGUCGGUGGUUCGUCGUUUGUCGUGCCAAUGUUGCUAACGCAGCUAGAGAUUGCAGUCGGUAAUCCAACGUUAAAGCGGAAGUACAGUGGCGACUACGGUGCUCUCAAGAAAAAGAUGGAAGCCAUCAACUGGAACAAAAUCAUGUACAUCCCCCAGGAAGAAAAGCUGAUAUACUUCGACCAGAAGACGUACCGACUGCCGGAAGCGAUCGUGACGAUGUACGCCGACCGUGUGCAGCAUCUCGACCUGAGCCACAACAAGCUGUCGUCCUUCGAUGCGCUGGAACGCUUCCCGUAUCUCGUCGAGCUCGUGCUGGACAAUAACUACCUCACGGACGAGAUUAUCUUUCCCGCACAGCUCAAUAACGUGAAGCUGCUUUCACUGAACAAUAAUAAGUUCAAGAAUUUGGAUCUCCUGCUCACCAAACUGUCGCUCUGCUUUCCCGAGCUGGAGUAUCUGAGCUUGCUGGGCAAUCCUGCCUGCCCGUGCCAUCUGCUCAACCUGAAGUACACGGAAUACGAUUAUCAGAAAUAUAGACUGUACAUCAUCCGACACCUUCCGAAGCUUCGCAUCCUUGACGGCCAGCGGGUGAAAAAGAUGGAGCGCGACUUUGUGCGCUGCCAGCUGGAGAACUACGGCGAGACGCUCGACAACGAUCCGAACGCGGUGUCCGGUUCGGCCAAGCAGCGGCAGCAGCAAACGAACGGCACCCGCAAGAGCAACACGCUGAAGCAUCUCUACACGACCGUCAGCAGUGGGUUGGGAUUGGGCCGGAAAAACCCGCCGGUGUACAGUCCGCUGCCCGAGACGUUGCGCGAGGUGGGCGAUCAUCGGGGCGCGUACGGCCGGUGCCGCUACCGGUACGUUGGGGCACAGUCCGAGGGCAACCGGUUUAUACUCAACAAUGACUUAUGAGUAGCGUCCGCCAAGAGACACUCAUAUUUUUUAUUCGCUGUAUAAUGUGUGUUU